AUGCCACACCCAGCUGUCAGGCAGCCUCCCAGCCCGUCCCAUGGCAGCACAGCAGUCACCCUGCACUUCAGGGAACGACAGAACAAGCAGCCACUCUACCGCCCAGCCGCACUGCGACGCAAUGGAUCUGUCCAGCGCGACCUGUUCAUGCACCCAUCGCCGCCGCAUUCACCCUCCCUCGCCGCGACAGAAGCAAAGUCGCAGUCGUGGCUGAGCACCCUCGCCGCGCCCUUCUCGCCCGUCUCGCAGGACUCGAGCAGGGACAUUGGCGCUGCCUUCGUCCGCGGCCGCAUGCUCCCGCGCUCGCAGUGGAAGCCCGAUGACGAGGCAGAGAACUGCGCAGACCCAGACUGCUCGCUCAGGUUCGACCUCAUCAACCGGAGACACCACUGCCGCACCUGCGGCGACAUCUUCUGCGCCGCGCACUCGUCUCGCUCGACGCUGCUGUGGCCUUCGAGCGAAGACGACUCCGUCCCAGCCUUCACGCCUCGAGGCACUCCUCGCGCGACCCCCCGCUCAUCCGCCAUCGACCUCCCCUCUCUCGCGUACUCGGUCUCUCUCUCGAACGCAUCAGCCAUCUCUACCGCCUCGACCGCCUCGACCAGCUCGACACCCACCUCGUCCUCCCCUCCCUCCCAGACCAACUCGAUGCCGCUCUCAGCACGCGUCUGCGACAGGUGCUACUUCUCCGCGCCGAACCCCUCCGGCGCUCCAACCCCUCUCCUCACCCCGCCCGUCCUCGCACACCCACUCGCGCCCUACUCGGCCUUCGGCAACGCCGCGAACGCAGGCGCAGGCCCCUUGACCCUCCGCCACCCUCAUUCGCGAGCUAGUUCCGCCUCGCGCGCCUCGUCCCCCGCUCACUCCCCUCCCAACGCACACUCUCACGCGCAAGCGCACGGCAAGGCCUCGUCGCGCUCCCGCUCGCGACAAGGUAGCGCUACAUCGACUUCAUCCGUCACCACCGCGUCGGAGUACUCGACCCCUUCGACGUCCGUCGAGGGCCUCGCGGCGUACGGAACCUCGACUUCGACGGACGGGACGUCGCCCGAAUCGCUCGUCAUCCCGCCCACCCAACUUCACGCGCACGGGCACGGGCGACGGAAAAAGCAGCCCAGCUUGUCGCGCAACUCGAGCGCUUCGAGACUCGGGUCGAGGGGCGCGUCGCCUGCGAGUGUGAGGGGCGCGAGGUGUACGGCGGUUACGACGCCCAAGGUAGUCAGGGAGGGCGAGGUGCUUUCGGAUUCGUCCGACUCGGAGCGCGACGGGCCCGAGGCGCGAAGGGCUUUCGACGGGGUAUCGAACGCCUCGACCGAGGUCGAAGACGGCCCGCCGCGUCUGGCUGCCGACGAGGACGGGGAAGAAGACUCGGACGAAGACGACGAGCGCCAUGAGCGGACUGUCAAGGAACGGAGGAGGCUCCAGCAGGAGUUUGGGAGCGUACAGGGAGGGCCGUGGCAGAGUUGGGCGACCUUCUGA